UCUUCCUAUGCGUCGUUUCGUUGACGUCUUGUCAUAUCAUGAAAGCUACGCUAAAAUGCGCUGUCCUGGUUUCUCCAUCUGGCAAACUUUAGUCUGUCGCGUUGCGUCUCAUCUCUGCGUAUUUACGUUGUGCUCUUACUUUGCCUCGUUUUCAUCUCGCAACUCCAAUUAGUUUCUUGCCUCUGCACAGCUCAGGAAUUUUCUGGGAAAAUGGUUCAAAUUAUGGAAUUUCGAAUUGUAAUGCCCGUGUCGUUAGAAGAGUAUCAGAUAGCUCAGGCGUACAUGGUCAUGAAGAUGCAGCAGCAAAAUUCAAAUGGUGAUGAAGGCGUUGAAGUCUUGGAGAACAGGCCUUUUGAAAAUGAUCUAUAUGGAAGAGGUCAAUUCACAUCUAAAGUUUAUCAGUUACAAAGCAAAGCACCUGCUUGGCUUACAACUUUUGCACCAACAGAUGCUCUUGUCAUGCAAGAAGAAGCCUGGAAUGCAUACCCAAGAUGUAAAACAGGUAUUAUAUUCUAGUGCCGCUUUUUCUUCUUAUUCAUAUGUUUCUUCUAGAAAUUGUUUUGACAUGUCUUUUUAUGUUGUCUACAAUGGGACACCAUGUACCACAGUUAUCAAGUGUCCAUAUUUUACGAAGUUCAGUCUCACCAUUGAAACCAUUCAUAAAUCUGAUAGUGGGCAAUCAGAAAAUGUGCAUAACUUAAGUGAGGAACAACUGGCUGCCAGACAAGUAGAAGUUCUUGACAUAGCUUCAACUGCAAGGGAUUAUUGGAGUUAUGCUAUUGGAAGUAAUAGUACAGACUUCUCUACAUUUAAAUCAAAGAGAACUGGACGUGGUCCACUUUUGGAGGGCUGGCAGGAUAGGUGCAAUCCUGUUAUGACAGCAUAUAAAUUGGUGACUAUAGAUGCACCAUACUGGGGAUUUGGUUAUCGACUUGAACAAGCUUUGUUGGCGGGUGAAAGGGCUCUUUUUCUAGAAAGUCAUCGGAAUUGUUUUGGCUGGAUCGAUGAAUGGUUUGGCAUGACAAUGCCACAAAUACGUCAACUUGAAAGACAAAGUGAUUCCUCAUUAAAUCAGAGAAUUGGCAAAACGACUUCGAAAACAACUCCAGAAGAUUUUGAGCAAAGAUUUUCCUGUGAUGAAGAAAUUUAUAGCAAGAGCCAAGAGAUCACUGACACCAGAGGACUGUAAAUCAAUUUUCAGCUGAAAAUUCCGUGAUCCCUGUUGUGUUCCGGGUAUAACCAACUCAGCAAGAAUUUCUGGGACGCAUGGCAUAUUAGACAGCACUUGAACACAAACUCCAACUCCCAAAAUAAAUGACUAAUUAUUCUUCUUGACUUGACCAAUUUGUGCAACUUUAUGUGCACAAUUUGGCGUUAUGUUGUGCAGCUCUGCAUGACCAUUUCUUAAUCUGAUUCUUUAUUUGCAUUA